AUGAAACCAACAGUAGAAGAUUGUUUAUCUUGAUACCUAAAUAGCAGAACCAUCUAGGUGAACAACAAUUGUGUGCUGGCCCCAGGAUGCCAUUCAGACCUUCUGCCUGACUCUCGGGGCACAAGGCUCAGUACCUGCAGAAGCAUUUUACCCACCUCAUCCGGGCAUGGGGACAACAUGUCUUCAUACAGGAAGGCCGCAAAAGAGUCUGGAAAAAAUAAGAAGGGAAAUGACUCUGAUUUGGAAGACAUGAUUUCCAGGGAGACUUCGCCUUCAUCAAGUGAGAAAAAGACACCUAAAUCAGUGACUCGUAAGGUUUUGGAAAAUGCAGGUGGCUCAGAGAAGGUAAAACUCUCUGUUCAGAAUUUUCAACACAGUAAUUACGAUGAUCUUUUUAAAGAUGCUACAGAAAGUGAGAGUGAGGGCACACUGGCCACCGGUGGCUUGUUUCUCAGAGACAAGUGGAGCAGUGAGGACGAAGAGCUUCCAGGACCAUCCCACACUGUCCCGCCUCAGCUUGCCGGUAUACGAAUUGUUUCUGAAAGGGAGCUAGCUCAGUUGGCUCAGGUUCGACCAUUACUAUUCAAUUUUCAUGAGCAAUCAAUCAUCAAGGAUUGUUUUAAAAUGCUUGAGAAAAAAGUAGCAGAAUAUGAAAUCCUCCAGGAAUUUAUGACUUUAGGUGGUAAGAGCCUACCUGAUGCGUUCAACUCGGGGAAUGAGCUACGCAACAGAGAAAAAAACAGAUAUCGGGAUAUUCUUCCAUAUGAUUCAACACGUGUUCCUCUUGGAGAAAACAAGGACUACAUCAAUGCUAGCUAUAUUAGAAUAGUCAAUUCUGGAGAAGAGUAUUUUUAUAUUGCUUCUCAAGGACCACUGCCAAGUACCACAGAUGACUUUUGGCAAAUGGUUCUAGAGAAUAACUCUAAUGUUAUUGUCAUGAUAACCAGAGAGAUAGAAAGUGGAAUUAUCAAAUGCCACCAUUACUGGCCCAUUUCUAUGAAGAAGCCCAUGGAAUUGAAAAACUGUCGCAUCUUCCUGGAGAACUAUCAGAUACUUCAAUAUUUCAUCAUCCGAAUACUUCAAGUUGUGAAGAAGUCUACAGGAAGUAGUCACUUUGUAAAACACUUGCAGUUCACCAGCUGGCCAGACCAUGGCACUCCUGCCUCGGUAGAUGGCUUCAUAAAGUAUGUGCGUUAUGUGAGGAAGAGCCACCUUACAGGACCUAUCGUUGUUCACUGCAGUGCUGGUGUGGGCCGGACGGGUGUGUUCCUCUGUGUGGAUGUUGUGUUCUGUGCCAUUGAAAAGAGCUCUCCAUUCAACAUCAAGAAUAUAGUGACCCAAAUGAGAGAACAGCGUUACGGCAUGAUUCAAACAAAGGAGCAGUAUUUCUUUUGUUAUAAAGUUGUGCUUGAAGUUCUUCAGAAGCUUCUGACUUUAGAUUAA